AUGUCGGCGUUCCUGCAACUGCAUCCGGGCGGCAUAUAUCUGCACCAAGGGGAGCAGUAUCUCAUCACUGACCUGAAUAUGGAGUUGGGUGUUGCUUAUGCGGUGCAGACCGAUGUGCCGUACUACACGCAGGCGCGUGACUAUACCGAUACGCGCAUUCUAAAGCAGUUCAGGCAGAGGCAGGCUGGCAGGACGCAAGCCUACCUGGGAGAGGUGAGCGUUACGACCAGAGUUGUGGGCUUUAAGCGUGUGGCGCACAUCACCGAGGAGUCGCUGGGCGAGGAGUAUGUUGACCUGCCGCCGCAGAGCUACGACACCAUAUCGCUGUGGUUCGAUGUACCGCCUGACACGCUGGACUAUAUACGGCGAGAGCGGCUCGACCUGAUGGGCGGGCUGCAUGCGGUGGAGCACGCGGCGAUAGGUGUGCUGCCGCUAUUCGCUAUGUGCGACCGCAACGACAUCGGAGGCAUAUCCACGCCGCUGCAUCCGGAUACGGGAAGGCCGCAGGUGUUCAUUCACGACGGCAUACCGGGUGGCGUGGGGAUCACGGAGCACGGCUACGACAUUAUCGAGGAGCUUUGGAGCGCGACCCUGCAGGUCAUCAACGAGUGCCCAUGCGAGAGCGGGUUCGCGCUGCUGGCGUCCAUUCCCGUCGCGUUCCUGAUUGGGCAGUUGCGCAUCGAGCAGCUAUAUGUCGUGGCGUUCUUCAAUGGCGUGCUGACUACCUUUUUCGAUGUGGCUAAUCGGUCAUACCUGCCGACGCUGGUAAAUCGGAGCGAAUUGGUUGAUGCGAAUAGCAAGCUGACCGCCAGCGAGUCGUUCGCGGAAGUUACGGCGUUCAGCAUAGGCGGCUGGAUAGCGCAACUGAGCAACUCUGUCGCCGUGGCAGCGAUAGGAGGGCUGACAUUUCUGGUGUCCGCGCUUUCGCUGACGUUCAUUCGCAAGCAAGAGCCUGAUGCCGAGCCUUCCGAGCAGGGUGGAAGUGUGGCGCGCGAGAUUUGGGAAGGGUGUGGUGUGGAACGACCGUCUGCUGCGCGCGCUCGCAGUAGCUGCGGUCGCCGAGAACUGGACGGCUGGAAUGAUGGGUGCGGUGGUGCUGGUCUUCGGAGUGCGGGAGCUUGGGUUUGGGCCCGGCGCGCUGGGAACGAUAUUCGCUAUUGGUGGGAUAAGUUCGAUAUUCGGUUCGAUAUACGCGGGUUGGGCUGCGCGCAGAUUCGGCUUUGGGACUGCGCUUGUGGGCGGCUAUGCGGUGUACAUGCUUACAAUACUGUUUAUCCCGAUGGCGCGCGCCGCAGCUAUUCGCCGGACUGA